GCCUACAUUUUUCAAUUUAAAUCGAGUGAGAAUCGAUCGACUGCUCGAUAGAUAUGAUUGCUUGUUUGAUGUGCUGCACGUCACUACUAGAGUUGAAGUUGAACCGUUUUUAUUACAAAACUAUUUUCGUAUUUCCCUGUAGCGUAACGAAUUUAUUUAGGUUAAUGAAAAUAAACAAUCGCGCCAGUAAACGUGCACGCGGUAUUUAAUUAGAUGAACAUACAUUUCUAUUGACUUAAUAUCAAUUUAAUAAAAUUGGAAACAAAAAUGAAUUUAAAUGAGGACCCAAACACAGACGAUUAUUUUGUCACAGCCGUUCACAUUUUCAAAUACUGUGGUGCUGAAAGCACCGAUACUUUACGAGUUGAUGCGCUAAUGGACAAGUUUGCGCCUUUUAUCAAAACAAACAAGGCUGAAUAUAGUUAUUUAAAAUCACUGCUGGAUCCAGAAGAAAAUAACCCUGAAGUUUCAGUUUUAACAUUAGCAACAGUUUUAAACAAAUACAGUGAAAAUCAGAAGAUAAAGGCUGAUUUAGAUGAGAGUUUCAAUUUGAAGAAUGGACAAGGGCCGCAUGACUCGGAUUCCGGUAUUUCAACAGAAGGUUUCCAAUUGCUGGAGGAGCUGCAGUGUGAGCUGAAGGAGAAGGCGCACCUGGCGCAGCAGUUGCGCAGUCAGCUCGACUUCACCGACAGACAGCAUGAGGAGCAGCUGGCCACUGUCACUGCGGAGCGGGAUUCAUUAAUCACACAUCUUAAUUUGUUACGUGAAGAGAACAUAGCUCUGAGCCACGUGAAGCGUGACUACGAGGAGGUGUGUGACCGGCUGUGCUGCAGCGAGCGCGCGCUGGAAGAGGCCACGCGUGACCUUGAUGUCACCAGGAAACGCGCCAGGGUGCUCGUGGAUCAGCUCGCCUCACUAGAGUCCGAGAAAGUAGUCCUCCAAGAGCUGCUGCAGAAGUCGAAGGAGGAGUGCCACCGCAUCAACGAGAUGUACGCGAGCCGGCAGAGCGCUCUGCUGGAGGAGUGCGAGACACUGCGCGGUCAGCACGCGGACCUCGCCGCCAGGCUGCACGACCACGACCACUACAUGCAGCAGCUCAUCAAGGAGAAGGUGCUACUUGAGAUGGAGUUAAAGGAUGUGUUCAACAAAUCUAACGCGACACAGCUUCGUAUGGACCGGUCUAUUGACGUCAGCUAUACUGAUGACCAGAUGCUCACAGCACUCGACAGUCUUAACCUCGAAUCGCAAUUCUCACAAGAAAACCAUCUGUUAGACGAAGAGUCGUUUACAAACGCAUUAAAAGAAGAUCAAGGAAGAGUAACCAAUAUGUCGUUAUUCGAUGAAAUAAGAUUAAGCUUCUGUAAUAUGUCUAGACGUAACACAAUAAAUUGUUCUGGAAACUUCGAUAUCAGUAUCAAACUACAAAACGUCACAACACAAACAGAGGAUAUUGAACCUUGUGCUGAUACGAAUAAAGUGCAAAAUGUAAUACAUGUUGAAACACAAACUGAUUCGUCAUCGGAAAUAGAAAAUGAACCUUAUAGUAAUAAUAAUAUAGUCCAAACUUGUUACGACUGCACGAAAUGUAUCGAAUGCGAAAAACUCAGAGAUUAUGCGACUAAAUUGGAAAGUGAUAAUAAAAAAAUGAAUUUCAUUGUAUCUGAUAUGCAAUCGAAUUUAGAUAGGUAUGAUGAAUAUCUGAAUAAUCUACAGAAAUUAGAAGAAGAAGAGAAUAAAGCUAAUAUAAUUUCUCAAGCUUAUAUUGAUGGUUUAGAAAGUAAUAUAAAUACGAUAGCAUCGAAAUGUUCAAUAGAAUUGGACACGUCUGAUAAAUUGUACACGCACAGACAGACAGAACCUGCAUACUGUUCAGUAUCAACACAGGCGGAGGUGCCGUGCCGAGACUGUGAGAUGCGCAACUCUGAUUUACAGCAUAGAAGUCUUAGGAGAUACUUUUGGGAGCCGCUGAAGUGUUUGCUGCAAGUGUUCGCUGUGGUGUGCUUUGUGUGCGCGACGUGUGCCCUGUACAACGUCAGCCGGGCGGGGACACGCUGCCGGGAACCGUUGCCAUGGAGAUGGCUGGAUGCCCAGGACCUGCUCGACUUGCUGCUCAGGAUAGAAUAUGUGGCUGAUGUGCCUAUGUAAUAAAUCUUAGGUGCUAAAUUUUGAACUAGUGGACGAUGAUAGCGACACUAUUUGUCCUAUCGUUGGUUUCUGAGACCAAAAUAUAUGUAUAAAACAUGGCGUCAUCCACAUAGAUAAA